UCUGCUUUUUGCUGAUGGAACAGAAGGUCCUCAGUAAAUCCUCCAUGGUUUCCAGACUGCCUAAAUUUGGUGCCCGUCCUGUCAAUGGUACCCCGUCAUCCCUUCCCAAUGGUACAACCCAGACUGCACUCACUCAAGAGGGCAAGAAUCCCCCAGCUAGGCCAAAUGGAGUGGUCAGAACCUCUUCCUUCAACUUGAAAUGGAGAAAGGAUAGUGGUGGACUGGUGGACCCUUCAAACCCAGUUGAAGGCACGGUUCCAGAUGAGAAGAAAGAAGUUCGUUCUCAGCAUUUUCCAGGAAGUAGGGAGUUAAAAAGCCCUUCUACUCCUGCAACCAAAGUGCGCAGGUCUGCCUCCUCAUUGACCACUGGAAGCCCCAAACCUGCACCCAAAUCCCCUAAAUCUGUCAGUCCUAAACCAAAGUCCAAAAAUACUCAAAUCACCACAGCCUCCAAAAGUCAGGACAUAUCCCAAAAAAGCCCAGGCUCCAAGCCAACUCAAAAUGGGACUUCAUCUCUGGGAUCUUCACCGAGCCAAGCAAGCUCUUCAGGGCUUCAGCGUCCAAGAGCGAACUCUAGCUCUACUCGAAGCACCUCCAGAGACAGUUUAUCCCAGUCCAACGACAGCCUCUCACGGCAGUCGCUUGUGCCUGACUACAUGGUUCGUUCUCAGAGCUUCACUCACUUCAAGCAACUGCCUUCACCAACGUCCGCACCCAUGACACGCUCCUUUUCUUUUAACAAGGCAGUGGAGCUAGCCAAACCACUUGCUAAUACACAGCUUCGUCCUCCGAGAACAGUUGGACUCAAAUCUCCUUUGAGCAUGAGCAAAGGCCGUCUAGUGCUUGGAUUGGGGGGGCUGGGAUUUGGAAAGGGGAUAACGGAUAGACCGCCUGCUGGGACACCUUCUUCAGAGGGUUUUACACCUCCUAAUUCCAUAAAAAGGCCUCUUCUGCCUAACUCUAUGCUGACAAAACCCUCAUUACAGGCCUAUAGGCUAAACCGAUCAAUUCCUGCCAAACCACAGUGCCCUCUAGUGGUAGGGAGGAGCCCAGUGGAGAGCGACGUUAUAACUCCACCUCUUACUCCCGAAUUGCUCCAUUGUACCCCGAAGAAUGUAAGUGCCUGACUGUAUCAUUUCUCCGAUUCCCCAGAGGAGCCUGUGGCAGAGCCAGGGCUGGAUGGGAACCUCCGCUACACCGGGGAGGGAAUGGAGGACAUGUCUCUCUUUGCAUCUUCUCUCGAGAGGAAUGACACCAGUGAGGAGUUUCUAGAUGACUUUGAUCAUCUUGGGGAUCAGUCACAGAAUGGCAUCCAGCAAAACAAAUAUCCUCUGGCCACACCCACCCAAACACCUUUGCAGGGCCUCUUAAAUGAGACCAUGGACUGGACUGGGAUUGGUCUGGCAGGUGGCAAGGCAGAUUUAAUGGGUGGUCAGGUCCGUGGGCCAUCGCUCAUGUCCCCUGAUGUGGAACGUCACGCAACCUCCUCUCUGGAGCUCUCCCCCUCGAACAGCUCUGGAGGAACAUACAUGUGGGAUGAGGAAGGCAUGGAGCCCCUUGGACACAACACACACAUACACCGUUGCAGCAGUUAUGAGUCAGACCUCAAUAGCAUCGACAUUCUGAACAACUUGGAUAACACUGGCUCGUGUGAUCUGGAAGAUGAUGACCUCAUGCUUGACGUGGAUCUGCCAGAGGACGGGUCCAUGCUCCAUGAUGGCAUGGCCCACUUUGAGCGCUCUGACAGGGGGGGGCGGCCGGCUCAAUGGAGGAGGAGACAGCAGAGAUGGAGUGGAACGGAUCAUGCUCAUAAUGACAACAGGCUGGUCGGGUUUCAUUACGAUCCCUGUCGUACAGGCCACCGGCCGCUUCUUCCUGCAGUUCAGCACGACAGUCACACGGUGGCGCUAGAUGAACUCACUCUCAAGCACAUGGCGGAAGACUGCUCGUCUGUCAGAUCACAGCUGCUCAAACUCAAGAGUCUGCUGCAGAUGGAUGAUGGCGAGAUUACUCCAGAGAGUUUGGAAUCCAGCGAAGAUGACAGCAGAGCCCAGCAGAUGGAGGAGCUGAUGAAGGAGGUGGCGCAUCUCAGGGAAGAGCUCAAAAAUAAAGAUAAAAUCAUCACACGGCUCACUCAUCAACAGCAUCAACAAUCUCCGGUGAGAUGUCAGUGUCAUCAGCCGAAGUCCGGGGUCAGGGGUGAGAGAAGAACUCAUCAUGAUAAAUCCACUCAGACGGUGUGGCGACCGCCCCAUCAUCACCCCGCCCCUCAAAUACUUCAGCCCAUCAGUCACAUCCCCUACGAGCCCCUCAUCCAGGGAAAACUAGCAAAAACAGUCCCCACCGGGGGCCACAAUGAUGCCUGCACCGAAGAGGAACGACCUCCUACGUUCUGUCCUCCAGCCCCCUGCACCGAUCCAAUUCUUCCUCCUGCUAAAGACCCUCACAUGGUGUCGAAAUCUUUGCCUGACCCAGAAGAGCUGAGCCGGUUGCUUAGCACCCACCUUCGCAUACAAGACAACAAUGAGAAUGACUCACCAGGGGCUGGAGAACAGAUUGCGAGACCGACCCCUGAAGGCCAUCAACGUAAACUCCUGCAAACCCCUCACCCCUCAUCCUUCUUCAGCCCGCGUGUCCUGCAGCCUCCCCGUCUACACAAACGAGUAACUCUCCCUGCUCUGUCUAUAAGUGGGGGUAGUGGGACAAACCUAAAACCAGGACCCCCAAUGAACCACAAGGCCCAGCAGCUUCUCUCUCCACCUCCUUCCAGAGGUUUGCCAUGCUUCAGUGCAGGGAACCACGUCGUUACACGCGGCCGGCUGUCCCAGCCUUGGCCGGCGGUAGUCAGGGGUGAGGCUGACCAACAACGCAAUGCUUCGGCACCGCUCGACGUCUCCACACGACUUGCAAAGCCAAAGAUCCACUGAGCGUCAGCUGCAGCCAUAGACACUGAUAAGGCUACCUCCCUGAACGCAUGAUCACACAUGCGGCUUGCACUAGAUGGUGGUGUUAGUGGCUAGACAACGUUUUAAGCUAAACGAAGCAACUAAGCUAUCGCAUCUAACUAUGCAACAAAAAGUAGUCACAAUCAGCGCAUCUUUCGCACAAAACUAUCACUUAUGAAACUAAAUGUCAUAAUUCCUUAACCUUUACCAUUCACAAUUACGUCAUCCAUACAAGUAGGCCAACCGAAGGAAAGACUGAAAUUCAGUCUGAUAGAGAAGGGAAAAGCAGAGAAAACAAUCAAUGAAAAGCACUAGAGAAGUCUUUUUACUGAAGCUCAACAAACGUCAAAGACGUGAGUGCUGUGCCAUAGACUGCCUGUGGAGAUUAUUCAAGACCCUCAGUUUCCCCAUGUGGUGUGCCCUCAGGACGCCAACUCAUUUAGUGGCUGAAUCUGACAUUUGCAUCACCAACCUCCUGAGGUUUAACUGCGCAAACGCAUAUUAUCGUCUACGCAGCCUCACAGAUCUUGUCUUAAAGAGAGACAGUCAUGUGACCCAAGUCUCCUCUCCAGUUUCCACAGGAAAACUUCUCAGUCUGCUGUGAUUUGAUCUGUUUGUGUAUUACGUUAUGCCUCAUUUCACAUCCUUGUCUGAAAUCACCACAUAAGCAGUGCAAGCUACAAAAUCUUUGUUUUUCGGUGUUCUCACUCCUUGUUUCUCGGUGCAACAAAAUCUCUUUGACCUGUAGACACACUGUUUUGGCAGGAGGGCGCACACGCCGCUGCCUGUGCUUCCUUUAUUUUCACCUUGGCUUCAGUCAUGAUCAGCAGAUUUUCAUUUUAAUUAGGCUUAUGCCUCAUGUAUUAACAAGGUUCUUUUUCUUGAUUAUGGAUUAUGGCAUGCUCAAAGCAUAAACUUGCUUUUUCACCCCCCAUUAGUUUCAUGCAAAAUUGUUAUAAUGCUUUUUAAUUAUUUAUACGUUAUAAAGAUGUUUACAGUUAAAAUGCCUUUAUUAAGCUGUUCAGUCUGUUGCAGCGCUGCAGGAAAAAAACAUUUUUGCCUUGUCUUUGGAGGAGGAAUACUCUUGCAGUGAAACACUUGAGCAAGUUCUUAAUUUUUGUUCUUGAUGUUGCGCUAACUUAUUUUUUUGGCUCUGCAAGCGUUUGUCCUUUGCCAUAAGGUUAGAUUGAUUUAAUGAAGUCGAUUUUGUCCACAGUAGGUGUUUUCUAAGAUGUUUUUUUUGUUUGUUUUCCUUAUGGAAGGUCAGAUUACAUAAACGUGUCUCAGAAGGUAAAAAGGUUGUCAAUAAUUUGAGUUGUUGUGCUUUUGGCAUGCCUUGAUACAUAAUGCACACUGUAAAACACAAAUAUACGACAAGAUCCACUGCAUGGACGCACAUGGACCUAUCCGUACUAUGAUUUUAAAUAUGCAAGAAACCAUCUCUGUGUGUUUAUGUGCAAUAUAUUUAACAGAGUGUAUAUACGUAUCAGUAUAUAUACCCUUAACCUUAAAUGUAGAUGUUUAUUCGAAAGCAUUGGGUAUUACAGCAUGCUCUCACAUGGGCCGCAUACUUCAGCAGAGAUGGGCAGCCAUGUCUAAAACCAACUAAAGUAAAUCAAUAGAAGAAGGAUAUUUGUGUGUGUGUGUGUGUUUAUCUCUCACCAACUCUGUGGUUAUACUAAGCAGAAAAUCAAUGGAGGGCUUGUUUUGUAAUGCUCUGGAGGCACUUUGUUUGUAUUUCUCUCUCUCUUUCGGUCUCUCUUUUUGUCACUGUACGUGUGCAGGAGGAGAGGUCCCGCGUAAUACACCGUCUUCUCACUAAUGCAAAGUCACAGAAGUACAUUGAUUCCGUCUGCUGUGGUCAGAGGUGAAUCGCUCAUGUCAAUGAGGUGUCUGUUUACAGAUAGGAGCAUAUUCUCUUUCAUUUGCCUCCCAACAAAUGAGGUGAGACACAAAAUAUUGUGUAUAAUUAAAAGGAUGGCUUGCUUAUAAAUCCUUUUGUGUUUCCUAAGUAUAACUACUUUCUUCUGUGGAAAACAAUGGAAGGAAGCAAAAUGCCCUUGUAAUGAAAGUCAAUAGAAAAAGUUAAAAUGACACAACAAACAGUCCCUGCUUGUGUUUUUGACCACUGUUAAUAACCGUUAACAUUAAAAAAAAAAAAAUAUAUAUAUAUAUCUUUGUAUUCCACUGAGAACCAAGAGUUGCAGGUUUGGAAUGACAUUUUCAUUUCUGAAUAAACAGCGAUGCAAAAACUGCUUUGUUUCAGGAAUAUCUGCAAACUCAAAGAUACCAUUUCCAUUAAUAAAUCACCAUUGAGAAGCAGUAGUGUGGAAAAACAGAACAAAAAAAAACUCAAAACACGAUCAAAACCUAUUAACUGCACUAUAAUAGCGCUAGGCAUUAGAUUUCCAAAUUGCUAAAAUAAAUGCACUUGUACAAAGACCUUGUGCUGUUGUGUAAAAUACAUUUAUGACUUGCUGCCCAUGUGUGUAUGCCUUCCUCUGGGUUCUUUUCACCUGGUCGAUUGUUUGAUAGCAUGAAGAUGUCUGGAACAAUAAACACUUUCCAUGAGCUCCUUUUUCAAGAAAAAAAUCCCUAUUUUUCCUUCCAUAAAGUUCAUGUCUUGCUGUGUUUUUCACCUGUUGUGACCCGAGAGUAUGCACCAUUGUCAGAAUGCUACCAUUGCUCUAGUAUAUCUUCAUGAAACAACAGCUGCCAACCUGUUUGUAUGGGCAGAAGAGAUGUUUACUAACAGAAAUGAAUUCAAGCACUUUAAAUGACCCGUUUCAACCUCCACACUGGAGAGACUGUGGUCUUUUUGACCUGAUCUGUUUGAUUUUCUGUCAUUUUAUUGUGUGCAACUACUUUUAUUUGGCUGUUUGUGUCUUGAUGUUCUGUCCCUGUGUGCCCUGGUCCAGUGGAAGGUGUGAGACUUUAAUAAAGUGAAGGAAUAAAA